AUGAGUGAGGCGGCCGCUACAUCGCCUGAUGUAUCGUCUGUGUUAGCUGCGUUGCAGGCGCUAUACCACAAUCCGGACGCGCAGGCCAAGCAGCAGGCGAAUCAGGCGCUUCUGCAGUUCCAAAAAACGCCGCAGGCAUGGAGCACAGCCAACGCCCUCCUGCUUGCACAAGAUGUGCCUCUCGAGUCGCGGCUCUUUUCCGCUCAGACGUUUCGCUCCAAGGUCACAUUUGAUCUGGAGCAGCUCGAAGGCGCGUCGCAAGAGCAGCUGCGUGAUACGCUUCUGCAUGCGCUCGACAUGUACGCGACAGGACCGCGCGUGAUUCAGACGCAGUUGUGCUUGGCGCUGGCAGCCCUGGCUCUUCAGAUGAGCGAGGCACGCUGGGGGAAUGUGGUUCCAGGUAUGAUUGAGCGAUUCGGCGGUGCGCCCUCGACGGUCGGCGUGCUCCUUGAGUUUUUGACGGUCCUGCCCGAGGAGGUGUCGAUGAACCACCGUAUCCCGAUGGACAAUACCACAUACCAUGACAGAGUAUCUCAACUUUUGACACAGCAUGCCAUGUCUGCGCUCCAGGUGCUUGUCAUGUAUAUCCAGGCGGAUGGUGUGACGUCUACGAUCCAAGCGAUGAUUUUCGCGUGCCUGCGGAGCUGGCUCAAGACGGGCGAAGUCACGGCCAUGCAGCUAGCCGAGACGCCGCUUCUAUCAUGCACAUUUGAUGCGCUGCAAGAUGAGGAGCUUUUUGAUACAGCUGUGGAUGUGCUGUGCGACCUCAUCAACGAGACCCAGGAAUUGGAGGAGAACCAGGGCGUGAUCGAAUGGUUGCUACCACGCAUCGAGUCGCUGCGCCCAGCGCUGAUGGCUGCGGGCGAUGACGAAGACCGCGUGCGUGGCCUAUGUCGCAUCUUUGUGCAGGCCGGCGAGACGUACCAUGCGUUGGCGCUGCAGCACCCCCAGGCCCUGCUCCCCAUUGUGCAGGCGGCGCUUGAUUGUGCGUCGUAUCAUGACCUGGACAUUGUGCAGAUCACCUUCCGUUUCUGGUACCUGCUCGCGACGGACGUCCAUCGUGCACUCGAGCAGGGCAACCCGGCUGCGCUGCCGUUCCGCGACGUGUUUGAGCAGCUCUUUGCUGUGAUCUUACGACACCUACGAUUCCCUGACGACGACACGGACUUGACAGGUCAAGAGCGCGAUGACUUCCGGAGCUUCCGGCACUAUAUGGGCGACACGCUCAAGGACUGCUGCUACGUGCUAGGCGCAGAGGCGUGCCUUGCGCGCUCGCUCGAGGUCAUUGAGUCGGCGCUCGCACAAGCGUCGCCAGAGCUGCGAUGGCAAGACAUGGAGGCGCCUCUCUUCUCCAUGCGCUCUAUGGGCGGCCAAGUUGAUGUGACAACGAGCGAGGUGGUGCCGCGUGUGUUUGCGCUCGUCCCGCGCCUGCCGCCGCAUCCCCGCCUGCGGUAUGCAGGCCUGCUUGUCAUGUCGCGCUAUACCGAGUGGGUCGCUGAUCAUCCCGAGCACCUAAGUGGAAUACUCACGUUUAUCACGACGGGUUUCGAUGGCUCAGACAGGGACAUUGCCGCAGCGGCCGCUCAGGCCAUGGACUUUUUGUGUCAGGACUGCCGCGAGCACCUUGUGCCGUACUUUGACCAGCUCAUGCACUUUUUCCGCAGCGUGCAUGCGACGCUUGCCGUGGAUGACUUGCUGUCCGUGUCCGAGGCGCUGGCUCAUGUCGUGACGGCCAUGCCGCCGGCCGCAGCGACAGAGGCGCUGGUCCAACUCGCGCAGCCGCUGCUGGAAAAUGUGCACGAGGUGUGCGAGUUGCCGUCGGCCACGAAGCCUGACCUGAUGCGCGCAGCUGAUCGCAUGGAGCAGCUGGCUCGUAUUCUGCAGAUCAUGGGUGUAUCGCUCGCAAGCACACUGCCUGAGGCGUGUGCCGCUACGUGCACGCAGGCGUAUGCCAUCCUGGACCGUCUGCUGGAGCGCUACGGCGACGUGUUUUUUAUUUCUGAGCGCACAUCGGCUUUGAUCCGCCGCGCGCUCAUCUUCUUCGAUCAGCGAGCCGUGCCGACGAUGCCGGCUCUGCUCGACCGCUUCGCCUCGUGCUUCGAGUCGACGGGUUUCUCGGGCUACGUGUGGAUCGUCGGCAAGUCGAUCGACCAGUACGGACAGCGCGCUGACAGCACGCUGGGCAUGCAGCUGGGACAGGCCUUCGAGCGCGUCACACACAAGGUUGGCUCGAUGCUCCGCAGUGCACCGUCGCCCGAUGCCAUGUCCGACGUGCUGGAUGAUUACCUGCACUCGUGCCUCGUGACGAUCCAAGCGGCACCGACGUUGUUGCUCGGCAUGCCACCGCUCCUGACGCAAGCGUAUGCGAUGGCCCUCCAGGCGCUCGCAGCGCUCUCCCCUGGCGUCGUAGGCAUCGCUGCCGAUGUCGUGCGUGCCAUCGUCGAGUACGCACACGAGGUGCCUGUGCCGGACCGCACACACGCCGACACAGUCCACGCGGUCGUGGGCGAGCAUGGCGCCGAGACUUGCCGCGCGCUCAUGCAUGGCCUCGUGACGCACUUUCCGCCCGAAAAUAUGCCAGUCGUCGUGUCGACGAUGCGCACGCUCGCGACCGACUUUGCCGCGCAGAUGCCGGUGUGGGCGUCGGCGGCGGCACAGGCGCUGCCGACCGAGGCCGUGCCAGAAGCAGACAAGAUGCACUGGAUCGAGCAGAUGCACGCUGUGCCACUCGACGAGCGCAUCAAGCCGAGCCUCGUGCGCUUGUAUGGUGCGUCGCGCAAGUCGCGAGAACGUGCCCAGCUGGAGUAA